AUGGCGACAUCGUAUCCUGCUGUCUCGGCUCACUCGAGGCCCGCUCCGGUACCGCAGUGCGGCAACGGGGGUAAAUGUGAGAGCAAGCAGCAUAGGAGGGUCGUUCGGUCGUUAGCGUCGUCGUCUGAUUCCGAGUCGUGGACGACGGUUGUCGGCGGAGCAAGCGACGGCGACGCAGCUAGUGCGACACGUGCGACAACUGCGACGGGUUCGGCGGCGAGCGGCGGCCAGGAGCAGGCAUUGUCGCAGGAUGGAUCGCACGCGCAAGUGAAGGCGGAGGGAGCGACAGCGGGAGUGAAUGGUCAGGUGGAGGGGUUUAGAGCGGUGGAUGGAGGUUUGGAGGGGAGAGAGGAAGACGACGAGGAGGAAUGGGAAGAGGAGGAGGAUGAGGAGGAGGAUGAGGAGGAGGGAGAGGAGGAGGAGGAGGAGGGAUGGGAGGAGGAGGAGGAAGAAGAGGUGGAGGAGAGUGAGGAGGAGAGGAGGGAGAGGAGGCAGCAGUCAGAGCAGUGGCUGGUGAAUUUCGACAAGCUCGGAUCCACAGUGCCGGUAUCCGCGCUGGACGCGCAGCAGCUGCGCCUGUUCUUCGCAGAGUCGCUGGCGCGCAGCAGCCGCGAGGGCGCGGGGGAGGAGGUGGAGGCGCGCAUGGCGGAGAUGCGCCGCCUGGGGCUCCGGGCGGGCGCGCGCGCGCACCAUGCGGCCGUGGUCGUACACACGGCCAAGGGGGACCUCUUUGAAGCGGCAGCGUCGAGCCCGGAGGCACAUGUUGAACAGCGGCGUGUUCCCUCUAUACGAGACGCUGGUGUCGGUGAUGCGGCUCAGUGGGCGGCAGAGAGGCCACAUCUCCGUCUUCACCCCUCCCCCCCACUUCCUCUCUUGCCGUCCCCCUCUCCCCAUCAGCGCCGUGCCCUGCGGCGCAUGCUAAACAGCGGCGUGUCCCCCCUGUUCGAGACGCUGGUGGCGCGCCGCGCCCUGCGGCGGAUGCUGAACAGAGGCGCUGGUGGCCGUGCUGCGGCUGAGUGGAAGCACACUAAGCGAUUCUUCCCCCUUCCUUACCCUUUACCUCUGCAGCGCCGAGCCUUGCGCCGCAUGCUGAACAGCGGCGUGUUCCCGCUGUAUGAGACGCUGGUGGCGGUGUUGCAGCUGAGCGGCAGGCAGAGACCUCCUGUUCCCCCUCUUCCCCUUUCCCCCCCUUCCCCCGUACCCAUCCUAUCAGCGCCGCGCCCUGAGGCGCAUGCUGAACAGUGGCGUGUUCCCGCUGUACGAGACGCUGGUGGCGGUGCUGCGGCUGAGCAGAUGUGCACUGAUUGA